UAAAUUUAAAAGUUUUACCAAAAUGAGCAAAGUCAAAAUUCUUAUGGUUGGUCCUUGUGAGGUAGGAAAGUCAACUAUUUCCAAUAUCUUAGCAGAUAUUGCUGAAGGGCCUAGUGAAUCUUACAGGCCAACAAAGGGAUGCAGAAUCGUUGAAUUUGAGAAAGAUGCUCCUCUCGCUGUGAAGAAACAAUUUGCAGGCAAGAUUUAUGUCGAACUAUGGGACUGCUCUGGUGACCUCGAAUAUGAAAAGUGUUGGCCAGCCAUCCAGAAGGGUGCUCAAGGGAUUGUCUUUGUUUACAAUCCAAAGAACCCUAACUCUGAAAAAGACAUGGAGUUCUUUAUUAAUAAUUUUGCCAAGAGUGCCAAAAUUCUGCCCAAGCAAUGCAUGGCUUAUGCCCAUCACUUCGAUGUUGGGGAAUAUGGUCCAUCAUCAAAACCGUUACAUUGUUUCAAAGGAUUAUCAGUUGUAGACUGCACUGCUGAAAACUCAUCGACCAUUGUUCCAUCAUUCGAUAAGUACUUCGGCCACUUGAUGAACAUCUUAUCAGAUGUAGCCGAGAAGGAGGAAAACAGAAUUAUGGAUGAAAUCUAAAUUCAAUUUGUAUCACCCAGAAUUCAUUUCAACUUGCC